AUUCCAAUUUAAAAUUAGAUCGGUCUAUGGUUUCUAAAAUAUUAAAAAAUAAAUCAAAAUGGUUAAUGGUUACUAAAGACCAAUUAAGUUCUACCAUAUUUCGACAUAAACAAGUGAAAUAUCCCCUAUUGGAUCAAUCAAUGAGAAUCUGGGUCGAACAAGUUACUAAUAGUGAAAUGUUUUUAACUGAACUAAUGAUUAAAGAACAGGCAGCGGAUUUUGCAAAAGCCUUGAACCUGGAAGCUAAUAGUGCGCUACUAUCUUCGCUUUCUGAAUAUCGAGAAAAAUUGCCACCAGACCAAACACUUGCAUCUCGAUCAAGACCUGGAUUUAAAAAG